AUGGAACGUGUUGUGUUGAAAAAUGCUCCAAAGAACUUACAAAUGAUUUCUCCAGACAUACAGAAGGAUAUUGUCCAUGCAAUUGCAUCUGAAAUCACCAAGGAAAUCAUAUGUGACAUUGGAGAUGAUGUCUUUUCCAUUUUGGUGGAUGAAGCUCGGGAUACAUCAAUCAAAGAGCAAAUGGCUAUCGUUUUACGCUAUGUGAAUGAAGAAGGAUAUGUGAUGGAGAGAUUUAUUGGGAUUGCUCAUGUUGCAGAUACUAAAGUCUUGACACUUAAAAUGGAAAUUGAAUCCAUGCUUGUGGCAAAUGGGUUGAGUUUGUCAAAAAUAAGGGGACAAGGUUAUGAUGGGGCUAGCAAUAUGAGUGGGGAAAUUAAUGGACUCAAGACUUUGAUUUUGGCAGAAAAUUCUUCUGCAUAUUAUGUUCAUUGUUUUGCUCAUCAGCUUCAGUUAACACUUGUUGCAGUUGCUAGACAUCAUGGCGCUGUGAGUGAUCUGAUUAAUUUGGUUGGAGGAUCUUCUAAACGAAUGGAUAAAAUUCGAGAAUGUCAAGCUGCUAAAGUUGUUGAGGCUUUAUGUCGUGGUGAACUUGAGACUGGACGGGGGUUGAAACAGGAACUUGGCCUCAAAAGGCAUUGUGAUACUCGUUGGUGA